AUGAAGCGCAAUGUUGAAAUGAUGGAGGUCCAGGUAGACGGCACCCAGAAAAAAGAACGGAUUCAAAGUACCGUCUCAAUGCCCAACUUGAUGCUACUCCAAUCCAAAUCCUACAAGGCUUAUAAGAGCAUAGAUAGUCUCGCCCAGCCAAUGAGAGAUACUCCAUUGCCAUUAGUAAACAGAGAUUACAAUAACACGUUGAACGUGUCGGAGUUGCUGGACACUUUGCAUGGGUCAAUUUCAAUACUGUUAUUCUUCAAUCCUAUUGCAUCUCGGGAAUGGCUUCAGUGGUUUAACGAUCAUUAUUACAAAAUUACAACCCAUUAUCGUGCCCACAUCAUAGGAGUCACUGCAUACACCACUGAAUCGGAAUGGCAAUUUCCUGUUAUAAAUGACAAUAAAGCCAAAAUAGCAUCGCAUUUCAGCCUUGCUGACCCCUGCGGAGGAGGAGCCUAUCCAAUGAAUGCACUCAUAGUGUUUGGUCCGACUGGUACCAACGCGUUACAGCUACACAUGCCUGCUGUUCACAAUGUGGCAUAUCGAGAUCGAUGGAAAGACGCCACCAACAUCCAGCAAAGUGUAGUCAGUUGCUUGAACUACCUAGCCAGCAAACCUUUAAUCUAA